GUUAAGAAUUACUUAAACAAAUUUCGUAACUUAUCAGCAGUAGGUGGACUUUGUCUGCUAAACACAGAAGCCUGGAAGAGUGUGUCAAUGUGUGUGUAGUUCUCAGUUCGACAAUGAACGCCAUCAAGAUUCUUUGCUUUUUAAUUACUGUCUCAGAGCUGAGUGUAAUCAGCAUGGCUGCUGAGGUUCCAUUGAAACGGAAUUCCCAUCAGACAGCAGACAACCAACAGGGGGGAGCUGUUGUUUUUUUCGCUGCACGCCAGGGCAUGCUGAAAGAUCUCCUAUUCAACCCAGUUAUUUUCAAUCAGGUGUUGGUGAACCAAGGCUCUGGUUAUGACAAUAACACGGGUGUCUUCACUGUUCCUCUUGAUGGGAUCUACCAGUUUGUGUUUGCUGCUCAGCUCUGCCGUGGUGACCAUAACAACCUCUGGGCCUUUAUGGUCAAUGGAGUUGAAAAGAUGAUAUGUCAUGCUCAGGUGACUGGCGGCGACACAACCCUCAACACUUGUUAUUUCAUUGAGGAAAUGAAGAAAGGUGUUCAGAUCUGGAUAACACAAUUUCAAGGCAGCUGUGCCUGGUCAAGCGCCACCUCAAAAACAAUCACUUUCUCUGGUGUCCUGUUGGUUAGCCGGGGUACCUCCAUGCUGGGAGGUAAGUAUGGCUCCUGCCCACUACCCAACUUGAGCUACAGACAACAGUCCAGCUCUGCAGAAAAGACUAUCAGCUUUUCCUGUGUCAUCAUCACCUUUCAAAUGAUCUUGUUCCUGCUAAAUUAAUCAUGGCAGCUAGAUAACUGCAGUUCUAAACUUCAGCUUUCAUUUGUGAGCACCAUCUUUUCUUUCUCUCAUAAAGGAUCUAUAUCUAGACACUACACUUCCAUAGAAAACUAUUUUUCUUUAACAUACUCAAAUGUUACAUAUUCCCACAGAAAGAUAAUCCAAGUAAAUGCGAAAAGCAGUUUCCAAAUUAAGAUUACACUCAUCAAGAGAAAUCG